UUUGGAUUUCCUUCAGUCAUUCGUGACAUUUCAUACAUUUUUGCUACAUGUGAAAAGAUUUUAUGUUAAUUUAAUUAAGGUUUAUAUUAAUAAUACACCGAAAGGGUAUUUAUUUUUCUUUUAAUUUUCAACCCUUAUGAAAAUGUUUGUGUGCAGAGCAAUGAACAAAAUCAUGAAAAAAUGAAAAGUGUCGAGUUUGUGUUGCUGAGCCAUUGAUUGCAAAAGUGAGACAUCAACCAAAUAUAAUAAGAAAAAAAAAAUAAAUAAAAAAGCAGAAAGCUUUUAAUAGAUAAAAUUGUGCUGUUUUUUUGUGUAGGAAAUGCGUUUAUUAAGUUGUGAUAAAACGCAUUAGUAAUGUGAAAAAACUGCUAACCCAACGCAUAGCUUCCGCACCCAUCCAUCAAACAAAGCAAACAACCACGAAAACGAUUACCUUGCAGCCCCCUCUAUUCUUCUUGCCUUUCGCAAACCUUCGAGUACAAACAGUUUGCUUGUGUCUACUUUAAUUGAUACAAAAUUAAAAAUAAAGCCAGUGAAAGUUUAAACGCGUCCAAAAACAAAAAGUAAAAAAGGAGAUUCGUUAAUAACUGCAAAACAGUCGAAACUGCGUAAUGCCAAGAGCUGUACGCCAAAGAGUAAAGCUAUUGGCGCUGCACACCGUUUGACGACAUGGUUGAAUUGCAGCUCGCUGGUUGAACUAAUACCAUUUCUUAGGCGAAACAACAAUAACAAGAAGUAGCAACAAUUUGCUUAAACUCAUUUUCGUUGCUUUUUGUAUUUUAUUGUUACUGCCAUUUUAAAGCGUUCAGUGUUAAACGCAGCGGUUUGGAAGUCGAUUGUUGUUUGUGAGAGGUUCUCGCAAUUUAACCUCAUUUACCUCAUUUGAUUGCGCGAAAAGUGAACGGAAACGUGAACGAUCGCACCAUCGUCAACAGCUGGCCCUCGCGCCACCACCAUCACUGCUGCCACGGGUCAUCGGACAGAAACUUGUCAAUUCCAUAAUACUAUUGUUGUAACUGUGAAGUUGUGUGAUUUUGGUGGGAAAUGAAAUCCGCAAAAUAUCUUUCAUAACUCAAUAUUUUGGAAUUCGCCUAAAUACUUGUUUUUAACAACUGGAAUUUCAUAUUCAGUCACACAUUUUCAAAUACUGUAAAGCUGGAGUGAAGUGCAUUUACUGAAAGGCAGUCUCAAUUCAACGGUUAAACCAAUUUACUUUGAGGAGAAAAAACCUGAAAUCAAUAACAAGAUGGGGCUCUUAAUAUCUAAAUUGUGGAGCAUGUUUGGCAAUGAAGAGCACAAAUUAGUAAUGGUUGGUUUGGAUAAUGCGGGCAAAACUACAAUACUCUAUCAAUUCCUUAUGAAUGAAGUCGUGCACACCAGCCCAACGAUUGGUUCGAACGUGGAGGAGGUGGUGUGGCGGAAUAUACACUUUCUGGUGUGGGAUUUGGGUGGGCAGCAGAGUUUACGCGCCGCCUGGAGCACCUACUAUACGAAUACAGAGUUUAUCAUUAUGGUCAUCGAUUCGACGGAUCGUGAGCGUUUGGCUGUGACGCGCGAAGAACUGUAUCGCAUGUUGCAGCAUGAGGAUCUGUGUAAAGCCAGUCUAUUAGUUUAUGCAAAUAAACAGGAUCUCAAGGGUGCGAUGUCAGCUGCGGAAAUUUCGCGUCAGUUGGACUUAACCUCGAUUAAGAAACAUCAAUGGCAUAUACAGGCGUGUUGUGCGCUCACCGGCGAGGGUCUUUAUCAGGGUCUUGAGUGGAUUGUGCAGCGCAUCAAAAAGAAAUGACAGACGUCAAAUAUGGACUGCGAUAGGAUAUAGCUAAUUAAAUAUAAUAAUAAAAUGUAAAAAAUCUUUAUUUUAAUAACAAAAUGUAAUAAAGAUUAAAACAUAAAAUAGAAAGUAGCAAAAACAAAACACAGGACAGUAGAAACCAACUUAUAUUAUAGUAUAAGAGCGCAUAGAUUAAUACGCGCUACUAAAGAGUAGCAACAAUUUAAAGCAAAUAAGAUCAUAGGAAAAAAUACAAAUACAAAUACAUACAAAAAAUUAAAAAAAUGUGUGAGCGUAGCAUUAAAUAGUUUUAUGAUUAUUUUAAUUAAGCAGGACGUGCUCAGAAAAUAAAUGGGGGAAAAAAAUCCAUUAUUUUCUCGGUAGAUGGAUGUAGUCAUCGAUAUCUCGUGAAGUGUCGAUCAAACAAUUUAAAGUUUAUGCUCGUUGUCAAGGUGGCAUUUCAGGCUUUUUUGAUGUUAAAGAAAUUGUCGAUAAAAUCACAAAAAUAAUCAAAGUUGAGCGGCAUUUUAGUAGUCGUAGCAUCGUCCAGGAGCUAAAAAUCACCCAUAAAACAGUUUUAAACCAUUUGCGCGAAAAUAACGGUUUCUUUUCCCCCAAAACCCAAUAUAUGAGACAACUUUAAAUUUAUUUUAUUUUAACAUCGAAAAAGAAAAAGCAAGUAAUCUUAGCAGCAAAUGACUGCAAAAUUAACGCUGUUAGUUUUAGCAAUGACUAUUUAUAUUUAAUUUUCUAAAAUUUUAUUUUAAUUGCUAACUAUUUUUUGUGCUCAGUUGUUUAGGCUUAGACCAAUUAAUAAUUUCGAAAAUUCUUACAUUUAUAAAUUCAGUUCAAAUAACAUUUUUAAUAUUUUUAAAUUUAUUUUAUACGCAGUUAUCAUUUAAAAAUUGUGCACUCUUUUAUUUUGACAUUCUUGCUUUACUUUUUAAUUGAAUAAUAUAAUAAUAAUAAAAAAAAAAUUCCUACGGAGUUAUCAAAAAAAAAAAAAAAUACAUCAAUACUUCAU